UUUGGCGAACUUUUAUCGUCGACAGAAUGAACUAGUCAUAAAGCAAAGAUAAGACCAGGGAACAGUCUAUCCCUUACUCGGCUGCUCACACUACUCAGCGACCUCCACGAGUCGCGCGGUGGCAUCCUCGUCUUUGUUUUUGCAGUGGCACGUGCCAAACAAAGAGAUGGCUACACUAUAAAGUGGCAGGGUCGUUUUGACCAUUCAUAUCUAAAUCCCUCGACCUCCUCAGCCACCGUCGCCACUAUGGACGCUCCGAACUUUAUCGACCACGACCUGUGGGGUUCGCUUCAACCCCUCAAUGAAACCAACCUAUUUCGGAUGGACUUUCUCAAAAUCUUCAGUCUCAUCACGAUAGGGCGCCAUCCCCAGAAGAAUCACUUCGUUCUUCCUGGUCAGAGAAUCAGUAACCAGCACUGUGAAAUCCUUUGGGAGGAUAAAUCUGUCGUUGUGAAGGACAUGUCAAGCAAUGGGACUUGGAUUAAUGAGCAGCUGCUUGGAAAGGGCAAGAGUCAGCUCCUUCACGAUGGGGACUUGAUCGCGUUUGGAACAGCCAUGCCACAAGACUCGGAGGAUUAUCGGUUUGUCUUUCACACCCAUACAACCGACCUACAGGAGUUCGACCGCGGCGAGUUGUACCUCCACUACGAGAUUUCCCACAAACUUGGGAGCGGCAGCUUUGGUACUGUGAGCAAAGGGAUGUGUCUUGCCACGGGUGAAUGGGUCGCUAUCAAGGUUAUCACCCCGCCCAAGUCCUUCGGGAAGGGUUCCGUCAAGAUGUGCGUCAACAUGGCGAGGGAAGUGAGCAUAAUGAGUAAUAUCAAGCAUCCGAAUAUCUGCGAGUUGAAGGACGCUUUUCAUCAUGAACAUGAUGGGUCGUUGAAUUUGGUUAUGGAGUUGGUUCGUGGGGGAGACCUGUAUGCGCAUAUACAAGCCGGACUGGUAGACGAUGAGGAUGCGGCGAGGUUUAUAACUUGGCAGAUAUGUGAUGCGCUUGCUUACCUACAUAGCCAUGGUAUUACGCACCGCGAUGUCAAGCCAGACAACAUCCUCCUCACCGACGACUUACCUCCCAUCGUUAAGCUCGCCGACUUUGGGCUAGCGAAGAUCGUCGAUGACUAUACUAUGCUCCGGACCGACUGUGGCACCCCCGAGUACAAUCCCCCAGAAGUGUACCGAGAAGCGGCCAAUGGCUACGACCACCUCGCAGAUAGCUGGGCUGUUGGGACUAUCGUGUUCGCCAUGCUCGCGAAGUACAUGCCGAUGACGGUGUCUACGGACGACCCGCAGAGAAAUGAGCUGGACGACUGGGAUACGCUGAUCGGUUGGGAUCUCUUGAAUGAGUCGGGGUGUACUUUAGAAGGGAAACAAUUCACCUGGCUCCUCCUCCGAUCUGAUCCCAAAGAACGUAUGACGGUGAAGAACGCCGUCAAGCAGAAAUGGAUCGCUCCGUGGUUAGAUGAGAUGAGGAAGACGAGAGACGAGGUACUCGCUGCUAGGGGGGCGUGUAGGUAUUUGGAUUAUCGGGAGGAUUAUCGAGCAGAGGGGGAGGGGGAGGAGGCUGACUCGAAGGCGUGAUGUAUCUGUAUAACAAUGAUGAGAGUGAAUGUCCUCUUCAACUUUCGUCUUGGGACGCAUUUGAUUAUCGGGGAAAUAAUUUCUACCUAUGAUAUGUAUGAAUU